AUGUUUGAUCUAAAUAUUCUCAUUAAUACAUCAAAAUUACCUUCCAAUGUACUGACACCAUGUGAUGAUGAUUUUCUCAAUUUUGUUCGACAAGAAGCCGGUGAAGAUGUUGCUGAUUUGCUUGAAGCACAAAAUGAUGAUACAUAUGUUGUCAAGCCAGGUGUAAGAGGCAAUGUGGAUUAUCUUAUUGAUUUGUUCCAACGUAAAUAUAUUGAAGAUGCAAAAUUAACAAAGUCUUCAAAACACGUUCAAUCAUCAUCUGCAGCAUUAUCUUUAAAUAGAACAACAGAAGAACAAUCAACAACAACAACAACAAUAUUUAAUGUUUUAUUGAAUAAUUCAUCAGAUAAUUUAACAAUUCCAAGAUUAUAUUUAUCAAAUGAUGAACAUUAUAAAUAUAUUAUUGAUGCAAUAAAUUCCUGGUGUGAAAAUAAUAAAUCAAUAUUUAAUUUAAAAGAUUUUACUUUAAUUCAAGGACACCAUUUUUUUAUUCAUCUUGAAUCGACCAGAUGA